AUGAAAACACCAAUACGUACUACUAUUAUGGACAACCAUAAUAACUCGAUGAUGGAAGCAGACGAAUCAGGAAUUAAUACAGUUGAAACCACAAAUAUCAGUCAGGACAUGGCCAUGCAGGAUAAGUUAACUAAUCUGCAGCAAACAAAUCCUAGUGAUGACAUCACUUCUCAAGUCAGGCAGAUUAAACAUGAAAUUAAUGAAUGGCAUGCACAUGAAGAAGAAUUCUACUGGCAGCAGUCAAGAGAUACAAUGUUUCGAGAGGAAUGUAUUAGUACCACAGAGAUUCAGCUUAUGUUAAAUGGCUCACCAUGCACACCAUUCAAGCCCACUAGAGGAAUACGACAGGGUGAUCCAGUAUCACCCUAUCUAUUCUUGCUUACUAUGGAGGUUUUCACAAGAUCUCUGGUUGAAGCUGAAAGAAAGAUACAAGGCAUAAAAAUUGCAAAGAAUGCAUCACCAGUGUCACACCUCCUUUUUGCUGAUGAUUGCAUGUUGUUCGUGAAAGAUGAUCUUCAUAAUGUGAAUAAUCUACUGCUGAAGAUGAAGAAGAUGUCUCUUCAUGAGAGAUAUCUAGGAAUUCCGUUGUUUCUUAACAGGCGAAGAACAACAUAUUUUUCAUCUCUUGUGGAAGGAAUGAAGUCAAGGCUCUUUAAGUGGAACGGAAAAUUCUUAACUCAAUCUGGAAGGUCUAUUAUGGUCAAGCAUGUCAUAAAUGCUAUGCCAUCACACCAAAUGGGGGUUUUCAAAAUCCCAAAAGCAACAAUCAAAGAAAUGGAUAGAGUUCAACGAAGAUUUUGGUGGAACAAGAAAAACGGCAAAGGAGUGUACUUAACUUCAUGGGAAAGAGUUAACUGCCAAAAAGAAAUUGGAGCCAUGGGCUUCAGAUAUUUGGAAUGUUUCAACAAGGCAUUAUUAUCUAAAUCUGUGUGGAGGCUCUGUCAUAAUUCACAUCAACUCUGGGCUAGUGCACUAAAAGAAAGAAAUUUUCCAGAUACUUCGAUACUUCAUGCAACAAAAAAGAAGAAUACGACAUGGGCGUGGCAAAGCAUUUUUGGUGAAAUAAGUUUCGUUCAAAAACACAGCUUCUGGCUAUUGGGAGAUGGGAAGAAAAUAAUCACUUGUAAAGAUAACUGGAUUAUAGGGAAACAAGAGCCACCAGUUUCCAUUGAAGCUUUUGAGUUGGCGGUUAAAUAUAGCACUGUCCGUGAUUUAAUUGAUGCAGAUACCAAAGCUUGGAAAGUUUUUGUCAUUCAUCAACUUUUUUCCCCUUAA